GCCGUGAACGCAGCGCAUGCAUGUCAGUUUUUGAAUGUCUCUUUGCGUGUGUUAUAUAUGCCUAUGAGUUAUUCCCGAAGAUAGUUCAGCGCUUUCAUUCGCCUCCGAGUCUGUCCCGCUGCGACAUGGCAGCGGCGGCAGCAGAAGGGCCGGAGGACUGGAGCCGGAGCGGCGGCGCACCGGGGGCUCGAACAGGUGACGGGGAACCUGAGGAGGCCGAGGAGUUCACCUGCUCGGCCUACUGCUCGGAGCUCUCCCGGCGGCAGAACCAGCAGAGGAAGGCGGGGCUGUUCUGCGACGCGACGCUGGUCUUCAGCUCCGGCGGGGGGUCCGAGGAGGAGGAGAGGGUCCAGACCUUAUCCGCCCACCGCUCCGUGUUAUCCGCGGCGUCGCAGUACUUCACGCUGCUGCUGGGGGGGCAGUUUUCAGAGUCCGUGUCCGGGAGAGUGGAGCUGAAGGAAUGGAGCUCCACAACGGGACCGGACCCAGACACCGUGGAGAGUGUCAUACAGUUCAUGUACACAGGGGAGAUCAGGGUGACCACCGCCAAUGUGCAUGAGGUGUUGGAACUUGCUGACAGGUUCCUGUUGACGCAGCUGAAGAUUUUCUGUGCAGAGUUUCUGAUGAAGAAGGUGAGCCUGUCCAACUGUGUAGCAGUGCACAGCCUCGCCCACAUGUACACCUUGGACCAGCUGGCCAAGGGAGCCGCUGAGAUGAUCAGAAGAAACUUCCACAAAAUUAUCCGCAGCGAGGAGUUCAACACGCUGCCGGUUCACCUGCUGCGGGACUGGCUGUCGGACUCGGAAAUCACCGUGGAUUCGGAACAGGAGUUGUUCGAGACCAUCGUAAAAUGGGUGCACCAAAGCACAGAGGAACGAGAGAAGCAUUUUGAGGAGCUGUUCAAGCUUUUAAGGCUGCCUCAGAUUGCUCCUACAUACCUGACACGGGUGGUGAGAAAGGAGCCCUUAGUGGCAAACAAUGCAACUUGUCAGCGGCUGGUGUCUGACGCUCUUGAGGUCCACGCUGUUCGUCUUGAGAGCCUCAAGUCAUCUGAUUUAGAGCCCGGUGCCUCCUACGGGGCAGCAGUCCAGCCACGAUUUGGCCAGAACAUGGAUGUAAUCAUGGUAGUGGGUGGCGUUUCAGAAGGUGGAGACUAUUUGAGUGAGUGCGUGGGCUACUUUGUUGCUGAGGACCGUUGGGUCAACCUGCCACACAUUCACAACCACCUUGACGGACAUGCCAUCGCAGUCACCGACAGCCAUGUUUACGUGGCGGGCUCCAUGGAGCCGGGCUUCGCCAAGACGGUGGAGCGCUACAACCCCAACCUCAACACCUGGGAGCAGGUCAGCAGCCUGACCACCCGCAAGCACUCCUUCGGCCUCACUUGCAUCAAAGACAUUCUCUACAGCAUCGGUGGCCAUGGCAACUUCAGCCCAGGCUUUAAGGAUGUUACUGUCUACGAGCCUGAGCAGGACGAGUGGCAAAAUCUCGAGCCAGCACCAAAGAUACUACGAGAUGUAAAGACAUUGAGCGUGGACGACCGCUACGUGUACGUGAUGGCCAGGACCCCUGUAGACAUGGACAGCGAUGAUGGACUGAGCACUAUGACCACUUGCUAUGACACAGAGAGUCACAAGUGGCAGGAAGUGGACUCCCUACCGCUCAUCGAUAACUACUGCAGUUUUCAAAUGGCUGUUGCGACCACCAACUUCUACCACACUGCUUCCUGUUGCUCCAAGGGCUACAAGGUAACGCUUGAAGCCGCUCAGCAGAAAAUAAGCAGAAACAUCUCUGAAGACAUCCUCGACAGCCUUCCUCCGGAGGUCCUCGGCAUGGAAGGUGCUGCCAUUUGCUACCUGGGUGACGACAUCUUCAUCAUCGGCGGGUGGAGGAACAGCAACAACAUGGACAAGCAGUACCGCAAGGAGGCCUACCGUUACUGUGCUGAGAGGAAGCGCUGGAUGCUGCUGCCUCCGUUACCUCAGCCACGUUGCAGAGCCGCAGCCUGCCACGUUCGCAUCCCCUACCAGUAUCUUUAUGGCUGCCAGCACUACCCCAUGCCCCAGAACCUGGCUCGCCAGCGAGACCGCAUGCAACAGAUGCAGCAGCUCCAUCGCCGCACCCUCACUCUGCGCAGACAGCUGCAGUCUCAGAUUGAAUGUUGAGAUGGAAAGCUGCACGAAUGUGACUUCCUGCACUUAAUCUGCUGAUAAUUGCCUUGUUUUUAAUCACAAUUCUAUCUUAUGUUUUGCUUUUAUUGAGGGGAAAUGUCUGCAUGGGGCUGCUUAAAAAAAGAUUGAAGAUUACAAUGUUGUUCAAAAAAUUAAGGUUUAGACAGGCUACGUGUUGUCUUCAUUUUGGCCUUACAUUAUUAGCUUAUGCCUUACUUUUAUUCUGCUAGUAAAUGAUACUGUGAUUGCUGUGGCAUUUUCUGAAAAGAUUGACGAUUUCAUUGCUUAGCAGAAAAAAAGCUCCGCUUUUAUAUGUGGUCCAUUAAGAGACUAGUGUGCAGGAUUCAGUGGCAUCUAGUGGUGAAGUUGCAGAUUGCGUGUAGGAGAACUAUGGCGACUGCGAAACUUGCAAAAAGUCCUAUUUAGAGACAGUGAUUGGUUUGUCCGUUCUGGGCUACUGUAGAAACAUGUCGGUUCAACAUGGCUGCCUCCGUGGAGAAGACCCGCUCCCUCUGUAGAUAGAAACACCUUAUUCUAAGGUAACCAAGUCACAAUUCUCGUUUUCAGGUGAUUAUACACUAAUAAAAAUUUACCUAUGGGUCUUACAUUCCAUUUCUGCUAAUAUAUGCUCCUACCUGUUACUCACUGGACCUUUUAGCAACUGCUGUAAAUGAUGUCAACGUGUUUUGCUGUAAGUUAGAAUAAAACUAUGACAGUUCUCAGUGACACUUUUCUGUGAAAUUGUGAGUGGGUUGAAGUGUCAAGAUGUAAACUUAGCUAAGUAAAUGAUGUCUACAUUAAUUGUGACGACAAACUGUCGGUGUGGGGAUAAAAAGUCAGCUUCAACUUUUUACUCCUCUCUGCUAUAAUUUCUCUUCUACCUCCUAUUUCCAUCUUGGUUUUGCCUUUUUUGCACUGUAGGGAUUGUUGAUUGUAUAUAGUGUGUGUGUGGUGUGUGCCCUACUUGAAGUAGACAAUCGUUUAUCAUGAUUUUGGGAGCAAGAAAAGUAUUGAGUAAAGCACAUAUUGGGGAACAGGGUGUUCAGCAUGCUUAAUACACUAAACUUUUCUGUGCACUAAAACAGUUUUUACAGAUUGUAUAGUCCCUUUUUUGCCAUUCCAAUAAUGUCCUAUUUCUUUUAUUUAAUUGGAUUUCCCAGUUUGUUGCAUACCCUGAAAGAUAGACCAAAUACCAGGAGUCAUUUUUUUGACGCACAAAAAAUAGCUCUAUUUACUUUAUAGAUUUGGUUUGUUGGGUUUUAGUGGAGUUGUUUGGUUUGUUCUGCCUUUGUGCUUCUGGCAGAAUUUGUGUUGCCUCUUACUUUAUCUCAGUGAAUUAGAGCUCAUGUUCACAUAUGCACACUCCACUGUGGAAAGACUAUGAAAACACAUUAAACCAGGAGGCAAAAUGUCCCCAGUUGUGCCAUAAAAUCCUAACUGCCCCAUAAUACAGUUGAAUUAAUUGUAUUUCCUGCACUAAAGGACCUUGAAUGUUAACUUGAACAUUGUACAGUGUUGUGUGGACCAGUUACUGAGCUCCCUGUUAAUAUUUAAUGCCUGUGAUAUCCCCAGCCAAGCUGUUUAUAAAUGUGAUCGAAUUAAGAUUUCUGAGCCUGCCAUGUUUGGACAGUAUUCAUUGAUUAAUCAAAUUCAUUUGAUCCAUUUUAUGUGGAGUUUUUGAAUUGUCAAGAAUUAGUUUCAAGACACACAACCACAGGAUUACUGCAAAAUGCAAUAGAGCAGACAUUUAUUCAUAUUUUAGUGAUUAGCUGCAGUAUAUCAAUAUCAGAUUUGAAACUGGGUUUGAAGUUUUGCCCCCCUUUGAACACUGGAGAUCCAGUGCCAUAUGUACAGAUUUCAUGCAACCACAUGCACUGUGUUACAUAUUGUGUCAUUUCAUUUGUAUGUGCAAGAGCUGCAAAUGUACAGCCAUUUGCAAUAAACAAUCAAACCA